AAGUACCAAGCGCAAUGGCAGUAGGAAGAUGUAAAAAUAAAGAUCGCGUUUAUUACAAUCGUCACUCGAUCUGCCCAAUAGUCACAAUUACAUUAUUUAAGAAAGUACAAUAAGAAACCAAGUUUAUUUGAUGUUGCCUGACAAGUCGACCGACUUUUAUGAAUCCUUCGUUCCUCAAGGGAGGUUGCCCUCCCUUGUUUUCCGCAAGCCUCAGUUCCCGGCAGAACCUACACCUCUCCCUUUCUUGUCCACAAGCCUCAGUUCCCGACAGAACCUACUCCUCCACAGUUCCUACAAAUAAAAGAAAUAUGAUAGCACAAACGUCUGUCAGCGGCGAACAUAUACGUACCCACAAGGGAGGUUGCCCUCCCUUGUUUUCCGCAAGCCUCAGUUCCCGGCAGAACCUACACCUCUCCCUUUCUUGUCCACAAGCCUCAGUUCCCGACAGAACCUACUCCUCCACAGUUCCUACAAAUAAAAGAAAUAGCACAAAGGUCUGUCAGCGGCGAACAUAUACGUACCUCUUUGCACACACUCUCGCUUUCAGUUUUUGAGGAAGAUAAAAAACCAAGAUGAAACAAAGAACUUUGCAACUGUACAAAAGAUGAGCAAGAGCCAGUCGUGCACGACUAGCUCCCUUCAACUAUGCACACCCACAGGGACACUCGAGCGGGAUGAAAAAUAAAAGAAAGGUAAAAAGUGAUAAUGAAAGAAACACUGCAAAUGUACAAAAGAUGAAUAUGAAGACUAAAGAAAAGAAUAAAG